AUGCCCAGCAAACCCAAACCUCCACCCCCAGACCUGGGACAGAAUCGGUUGUCGAGGCUGAGAAUCUCACUUACCUGUGGUCUGAACCCGGGCGGCAAGACGCUUUCUUUCUAUGCCGUUGGAGGUACCUUCGCCUUGAUCCGCUGUUGCCACUUGAGGUUCGCCUCGUUUUUCCUUCGGGGAUGUCGGUCUCCAAGAACACGCAGUGCGACUGCUCCAGAUGUGCAUUGGUGCAGAAUAGGCCCGCCUCGUAUGGCCAGCUACUCUGGGCUUUACUCCGAAUAUGUUAUAUUGGGGCGCAACGGCAUUUUCGUCGCCGGACUGGAAGAAGGGACUCGGUGCCUUAUCUUCCCUAACAUGUCCUUCCUGAUAGGAUCUGAUGCCACGGUCGCGGCUAUGGCCACCUCCACGAUUGCUCAAGAACGAACGCCCAUGAACCAAGGUCGCCAAGACGUAUGGCAAUAUCACACACGGUCGCCUCAUCGCCCGACCAAUGUCCACAACAUUAUCGUUAUCGCUUCCUCUACAAGCAAUAUCAACCCCUUGACUGGGCCCGAGUUUGCGUUCUGUGAUGUGGCCGAAAUGCCAGACGUUGACGUAUUCCCCACCAGUAGAAAGGUGGCAGCGCCCAUAACGCGGCUGUUGGCCGAGUACUACUCGUGGCUACAAAACGCUCUUAUUAGCUCGUCGAUGCCUCGAGGGUCAAAGGCGUUAUGCUCCGCGACCAACAUGUGUUUCACCAAUGAGACAGGGAAGCGCCGUCCCAGAGGCGCCAAUUCCGGCUCAAUGCUUAGUUGGUGUGAUGUUUUCUUUCAAGCAAGCUCAGACUUGCCGCUUGCCCAGAUCGAGAUGCCUGCAGCCGCGGUUGCCAUGAUCAGGAUCAAUCUCAACCAUUGCUGUGUCGUUGGGCGUUUCCGUGAACCGAUUCCCAAGGACACUUCUACCCGGUCGUCUGGGCCGCUCUGA